ACCAAAACCGCACAGCAUGGAAAGAGAGCGAAGGAAAAUGCGCGCGGUGAUGGAAGCAAACCGUUCUUUAUAUUUAUUUCAUUUUCUCUUCUCUUUCAAAUCCCAUUUUCUUCUACAUAAGUCGGUGACGAAUUGCAGUUUACUCUACAAAAAAUGAAGCAUUGAUCAGUGAAUUUUUGAUUUUUUUUUUGAAGAAAAAAUGGGUGAUUUAGAGAUUCGUUUGAAGGGUUUGAUUCAGUCAGAGUCAAAAUCAAAUGGAGUUGGGUGUUUGAGUUUGAGAAGUAGUGUUUUGUGUUUGAAUUCGAUUGGUUUUGAUGGUAACAAUGGAGGGUUGCUCCUCGAGGAUUCGGCUAGAGAAUCCUUCGUCUCUUUAAUUUCCAUGGAAAAUUGUUUUUCUUCCAAGUGUAUGUUACGUGCACGGAGGAGUAGCUGGAGAGGAAGGGGACGGUUUUUGUCGGUGACACUUUCAGAUUCUAAUGAGAUUUUGGGGAAGAAUGGGGAAGCUGAUGUAGCGGAGAGUGAUGUUAAAGUGUGUAAGGAAGUUGAAAAAGUAGAGAAAGGGAAGCUGCAUGGUGGAGGCGGAGGUGCAUUGAAUACUACUAAGCAUCUUUGGUCUGGAGCUGUUGCUGCCAUGGUGUCAAGAACUUUUGUUGCCCCACUGGAGAGACUAAAGCUGGAAUAUAUAGUUCGUGGUGAACAAAAGAAUCUUUUUGAGCUCAUCAAGACAAUUGCAGCUACUCAACGGAUCAAGGGAUUUUGGAAGGGGAAUUUUGUGAAUAUUCUACGAACAGCUCCAUUUAAGGCUAUCCACUUCUACUCUUAUGAAAAAUACAGAGAUCAUCUGCUCAAAAUAACUAAUAAUGAGGAAGCAACUAAUAUUGAAAGGUUUGUUGCUGGUGCAGCUGCAGGAAUUACAGCUACUGUGCUCUGCAUAUCUAUGGACACUAUUAGGACAGUAAUGGUUGCACCUGGGGGAGAAGCCUUGGGUGGCUUAAUUGGUACAUCCCGGCAUAUGAUUCAGACAGAGGGGUUUUUCUCUCUUUACAAGGGCCUAGUACCCUCUAUCAUCAGCAUGGCACCUUCAGGUGCAGUUUUCUAUGGAGUUUAUGAUAUAUUAAAAUCAGCUUAUUUGCACUCACCUGAAGGGAGGAAAAGACUAGAAAAUAUGAAACAAGGUGAAGACCUGAAUGCCCUGGAUCAACUGGAGUUGGGCACAGUUAGGACUUUGGUAUAUGGGGCAAUUGCUGGUGCUUGUGCAGAAGCUGCUACAUACCCUUUUGAAGUUGUGAGGAGACAGCUUCAAUUGCAGGUCCCGGCCACUAAGAUGAGUACACUGGCAACUACCCUGAAGAUCGUUGAGCAAGGUGGUAUCCCUGCGCUCUAUACUGGAUUGAUUCCCAGCUUAUUACAGGUUUUACCAUCAGCUGCAAUAAGCUAUUUCGUGUACGAAUGUAUGAAGAUAGUUUUGGAAGUGGAAUAAACAUGAGAUUGGGGUUCCUCAAGGUCAUUCCUGGUGAGACAUUUACCCGGACAGUUGUAUGCAUUUUUACCCAUAGGGAGAAAUUUCUGGUCCUGUUUCACGAUUGUCUGAACAUAAUACAUGUUAUAUAGGAGAAGUUGUAGAGAAUGUUUCCUAGUUUUGGAGCUCUCCCUUUAGUACAGAGCUUUUUCACCUUUCUUCAUCAAAAAUUGAUACAAGAUGAAAUGAUUGUUAGCUUCUACUAGCUUGCUGAUUAGAAGUAUCUGUAGUCUGUACAUGUUAUGGAAAAUGUCUUCCUUUCUUUUA